GCGUCGUGGUGACGCCUCGCGUCUUGACGGCUGAGCGAGGUACAUGUCGCAGCAGGAGGGACGAGGACUGUUUGCUCACCUCUGGAUAUCAAAACCGUGGAUAUUUUUGGGACGUCAUGCAAAAAUCCUGAAAUGAGAGUGUGAAAUGUCAUCGCCCCCGAACGUGAGGAUAAUUAUCACCGUCCCGUUGAUGACUACGAGCAGAACGGGUCCGAGGAACCGCCGCGGCUGCAUUCAUAAACACUUCUUCAGGACUCACUGCAACCCCUGAGCUUUUGUUUUGGGCUCACACACAAAAAAGAAAACACACACACACACAUUUUUUGGUUCUCCCGUCGUGCACGUUGACAAUGGCUGCAAAGGGUAAAAUGAACGUGGAGCAUCUCGGCGGAGUUGCCAGGCUCCGAGAGGAACACCAGAAGGUGGUGAAAGACUGUGAGAGUCGGAUUCUGCACUGGAAGAAGGUGUCAGGUGACUAUGAGGCCCUGACCGAGCGCCUUCAGACGCUUCCCGAUCAGCUGUCUUAUGACAUCAUGGUGCCCUUUGGCCCCUUGGCCUUCAUGCCCGGGAAGCUGGUGCACACAAACGAGGUCACGGCGUUGCUCGGUGACAACUGGUUCGCCAAGUGCUCCACCAAGCAGGCUCAGAAGAUCGUCGACCACAGGAUGAAAUAUGUGAAGAGUGAAAUCAGUGAUCUUUCAAAGACGAUGAAAAACUUUGAAGCCAGGGUUGGACUUGUGAGGGAUCUGGAAAGCAUCUCAUCCAGUAAAGGGGACUACGUGGACAUUAGAGAAGACACCGAGAACACCGGUGACAUUGCUGUCACCAAAGGAAAGCAGAGAAUAGCUCACAAACCAAAUUCUAAGCCCAAAUUGGAUGCUGUCUUGGACUUAAAAGAGGAGGAUGAGGAGAAAGAGGGCAGCAGAAAAUGCACCACGACUGAAGAGGAGUUGUGGGCUAGAUUAGAUGAACUGGAGAAGCAGGAGGAGUUACAAGAUGAUCACGACAGGUUGUCUUAUAAUGCGAACAUGAACGGGGAGGACACGUCGUCCUUAUCCUCGGAAGAGGAGAAGGAGGGAGACGCUGCUCCUGCGGUAAAUGGACUCGCUCACAGCGAAGCGCCACCGAGUUCAGGCAGGAAAGCUGACGAAGAAGCAGCAGCAGCAGAAGAAGACGACGACGAGGAAGAGGAAGGCAGCUGUUUGCCAACCAUUUUCUUCUCGCACACAAUCGAACCCAAGAAGGUGAGGAUAAACACAGGAAAAAACACCAUGUUGAAGUUCAGUGAAAGGAAGGAGCAGAAGGAACACUCCAAGAGGAAAAAUAAAAACGGACACAGCAACGGUCACUCCCAUCACGAACUUCACAAGAUCACAACGCCGGUGGACAUUUACAGGUUGUUUGUCGACGUGAAGAACGGGGAACCCGUCCCCAGGAAGUCCAUCCUGAAGUCGCGCAGCCGGGAGAACAGCGUGUGCAGCGACACGAGCGAGAGCAGCGCGGCGGACUUCGAGGAGGGGCGCCGCGCGGUCGGCCGCAGCUUCAGCCACGACGAGACCACGCAGAGCGACACCAGCGACGGCGUCACGGAGGAGGAGAGUCCCACGGCGGUCCCGCUGCACCGCGCCAGCCGCUUUGAGGCCUUUUCAGGCACGGUGGUCGAAAAGGAGCCGAUGCCUUCAGCGGUCCCCUACCUGACCAUCAGUCCACCGGCCCUGCCGACCAUUCUGGAGAGGAAACAGGAGGAGGUGGCGCCCGACGUGGCCCCGCCCCAGCAGGCCCCGAAGAGGCUUUCCAAGUUUAAAGCUGCCAGGUUGCAGCAGAAUUGACUGUGAACAAGUAAUUAUCUGUAUUUCACUGUGGGAUUUUUUUUUUCUACAACUGAUGAAUCUUCUUUCCUUUUCUUCGCGAUUCUUUCACUUCUGUCCAUACGGGGUUUCAUUAACGUUGUCGACUAUUCGGGAGAUGCACGUCGACCUCGUUGCCCUCGGUGACCUUGUGUCUGACGCUGCUUUUUAAACGCAGUCUCUUUUGCUCAUCACCCCUGUAGUAUAGAUGGUACUUAACAAUUUACACAUCUUUCUGUGGGGCUUGUUCAUACCUAUUGCUGUCUGUUAUUUCUUUUAUUGUAUCAUCUGCUUUUCUGUUAAUCAAAGCUAUUACCAGUUUAGGUAGGACUGUGCUACUCUUAGGAACAGUUGCUUUGUUUUUACUCCUUUUUCCAAGUGUCGAUCCCUUGCCCGCUAGCACUCAUUUUACUUCCUCUAAACCUGCCUAAUGAAUGUAUGUAGUCCUCUGUGACAAGCUUUAUGUAAAGACAAAAGAAUAUUGAUGUAACCUGAAAUGAAAAAUAAAUGAUUUUGGCUAGAA